AGAGCUGACGAUAUACCUAUGUUAUGUAUACUUUUACUGUAGAAAUAUGAAUUUAGUUUUAAUUUUAUUUGUUUGUGCUUCGUUCUAUUUCUGUAAUGGACAGCUUGAAGCCUCCUUCAUAACGCCUUGCGCGCAGGAGGACAGAAAAUGCCUGAAGACGUCAGCUCAGCGCGCCGUCCCGGUUAUCGCUGCCGGGGUCCCGAAGCUGAACAUAAACCCUCUGGACCCCAUGCAGCUGUCGAGGAUCGCCGCCAGCCAGGCUGGCCUGAAGAUGGACUUCAGAGACAAUGUGGUCAAAGGCCUAAGGAAUUGUCACGUUGAAGACAUUGUGCGACGCGGAGACGCGAUGAGCAUCACAAUGAGAUGCUCGUGCACCGUGAUCGGGGACUACAAGCUGGACGGGCGGCUACUGGUCAUGCCCAUCCAGGGUGACGGCCGCUACAAGAUCAAGAUCCGUGACAUCGUGGUGAAGUUCUCGUUCGAGAUGGGUCGCCGCGAGGCUGGCGGGGACACGUACUGGACGUUCGAGAAGUGGGAGUACAGUGACCGGGUCGACACUAAUGUCAACUUCCAGUUUCAGAACCUCUUCAACGGGAACAAGGACCUCUCGGAUUCGAUCCACCAGUUCGCGAACGGCAACUGGCGCGACAUUUUCAAGGAGCUGUCGCCGCCCAUCAUCGACGCCGUCAUGGCCGAGAUCGUCACAGAGGUCAGGAAGAUCUUCAACAAUGUGCCCAUACGCAGCCUCGCUUUAGAUUAGCUAUGAGGCAAACCCACACACUAGCGCCCCAUCAUACUUUAUCAAUUUUUUUUAUUUAUUAGCAGAAAUUGAUAAAUCAUCUAUGUAUACAAAUUAUGCUACACUUUAUAUAUUAUAGUUUUCUAAUAAACUGAUGAUACUGGAAAGCGGACCCUACGCUCCGAAACCUGUCGGCUGAGGAAGGAACGCUCAGAUGAGGGAGUUACAGUAGCAUAUUUUGUUUAGAAAAUUUCUUUAUAAAAAUAAAAUAAAUUGAUAAACAUUUGACGGUCGUUCUAGUGUGCCCUUUAAAUAUGCUGGCAUCUCGUUGUUUGAAUAUUUGUAACGAUUCGACGUACAUUGCUUGCACUGCAUAACUCAAAUUAAAACUAGGCAAUAUACGUCGUUUAUUUGCAAGUACACAAACUUUGAAUAGCAAUGUGGAGUGCCAACAUAAAGUGUCAUCACGCUGGCCAGUUGCAAGAGAGACCUCGCAAAUUGCCAGUGAGAUGACGCCUUUAGUUCCAGAAGAUUUUUAUUAAUGUUCUAAAUUAAAAAAAAUACACAAUU